AUGCGCCUUAGCACUCGCGUACGGGCUUCACUUAACUCCUUUUCCUCGAUCCGUGUGGAGAUGCAAUGCAAACGAGGGUGUUGGAAGCUUUAUAUGUGACCUCCAAGCAAAAGUAUAAAAUGACACUUCACUCAUCGAGGGAUUCUAUUAGAUAAGCAACAUUUUACGGCCAUGAAUCGAUGCUCAUUUGAACCGUUCAUAUUCCCUCUGUUCAAUGAGUGAUGGACUCAUACGUGGCUUUACCCCACAAUUUAUUUAUGACCGCAUCGUCUUUAUUUCUCUUUGUCAUGGUAGGAUUUUCGAAUGUAUAGAGAUACAAUUCGACCAUUUUUUAAGAGCAGAUGACAUGUUUGGAGGAGUAUAAGAACUCACAAAAGAUAGUGAUAAACACUGUAUCCAAACAUUUCGAAUGUUUUUAAUCUCAUGAUGAGGACAUCUUUCAUAGGCACUAUACUAGCCUCCCUAGAUCACAUCUUAACGCAUAUACUGACAAUUCAAAGUAAGAUGAGCUUUGAAAUUGCUCUGGGGAGUGUUGCGUUAUUCAAAAAUUUUGAAACUUUAUGCUCAAAUGCACGCACAAAUCAUCCCUCAUAUGCAUGAACAUCUACCGAGGUGGUACAUUAAGUGCAGUCUAAACCACCCCGCACUUUAGAUAAGACAAUGUCCUCAUUGGCCCAAUCAAGUCGGUAUAUAAUGAAAUUACCUUGAUUGUCGAAAUGAUUCAUGAACAAUUGGCUACUCCCUCUCUAUUUUGGCCCUUAAUAAAAAGAAAAUGAAAAGAAAAACGGAGAGAGCAAUCGAGGACUUUCCCAUAUAAUUAUCGAGUGAAACAAAUUAGGGAAUCAACAAUCAUUAGUCUGCCUAGAGACUAGUGGAAAUCAAUACCAGAGUGACCUUUUAGAUAACUGAAACUCGAAUCACUUUCUUACUGCUCUCUUAGUUUUUAAUUGCUAUCACUCGAAUCUGAUGUCUAGAUAAAAGAUUAAUACUUAAUAGUAGUACCUUUAUCCGCUUGCUUGAUCGAGCUUUAAAUCUAUAAGUUGAUGCACGCUCUCUAUUCAAUCCUAACUAAGCCAAACAUAACCUACGUAGGUUUGUAGUAAAGUGGCUCGUUCGUAUUCCAAGGUAUCCCUAAGCUUACUAUUACUUCGCCCGAACUAUUAUAUAAUCGAACCAAAGGUUUGGGUAAAGAAUCUAAUCUAACCUACUCCUAAACAACCAACCAAGUGGUUGGGAGAUAGCUAGAGAUGAGAUAGUUGCCUAGGGUUAGUGAUGACAAUUUGACCCCCCCCCCCCCUGCGGUCGUGGGUAUUACCUGACCCGACCCGUGAAUGGACAGGUAUAUGAUAGACCGUUAGUUACACAUGCUUUUACCCCUGCUCUUACUCUGUUUGAGGUAUUGAUUCUCGUGUUUUAGGCCGAUUUCACGCUAGGUGGUGCUUGUUUAUGAUAUUUCAGGUCCUAGUACGUGAAUGGAGGCUUGGGAGCGAGUUUGAUGUCGAUUGGACGCGGAUCGGACGCAUGGCGAGAUUCCAAGGAGGCUGCACGGCCAGACCAGGGGGUCGCACGGCCGUGCAGUAUACAAUUAUGGCCGUGCGACAUUAUGCGAGAAGACGCACGGGCAGAGCAGAAAACCCGCACGGCCGUGCAUGUAACCAGUCUGGCCGUGCGGGAUUGUGCGAGAGCUUGCACGGGCACAAGUGAAAUCCGCACGGCCGUGCGAAGUGCAAUCCUGGCCGUGCGAGAAGCCCGAGGUUCAACUUAUUGAUACGCCGCGUUUUGAGGUGCACGGCCAGAAUGGUAAGGUGCACGGCCGUGCACCCUGGCCGUGCGAGUCGGGAUUUUCUCCUUUUAAGCAGAAUUUCGGCCACAAUUCGAUGGGAUUCGAGUUUUUGAGAGAGAGAUCAGUUCCUAGAGAGAGAAAGUGACGAGCAAGAGUUCCCAAGUGCCCUAGAUUGAUCUUCAACACCAUUGGAGGCCAGCUUGAGCUUGGAGAAGUGCCAAUCAACGUCCAGAAGCAGGAAUCCAUCCUUUGCAGUAUGAAUUCCGUGUCUGAUUCUGCUUUUGCUUUCUUCUCCAUGGAGUAGUUCUCCCAUUCAUCUGGGUAUGGAGAACCCUAGAUUUGUAUGUUAGGCUUUGAUUGUAUGAACCCAAGUACUGAUUCUGUGAUUGAUUAUAUUCGAUUGAGGUUUUAAUGAUUGAAUGACUUGAAUCCUGAUCAAAUUCCUGUUGUUUCUGCUUUAACCUAGAAUGAGAAUAUCUGCCUAGGUUAAUAGAGUAUCCUUGAUUGAAGGUAGGGAGUUGGUGACUUUAGUCGAGGAGCCAACUCACUAUUCUGUACCGGAUUUACUCCGGUAGUGGAGGUUUUGUUCUUAGGGCCUCAAUCUGUCGACUCCGGUGGAGGUUAGUCGCCCGCUAGAGAGUCAGAUUGAGAGGGUCUGAAGACCUUUAGUCGAGACUUCAGGCUGUUUAAGAACCUUCCGCAGUAUAACUAUCAUAGAAACUGAACUUGGUAAUUACAAUCCGGCUUAACUGCAGUCUAGGGGGAACCAUAUCCGGGUGACCUCUUUAACCUGAAUACAACCAGUUUACUUGCUUUGUUUGUUUGGUAGUUUAGACUUGCACUCCAGUUUUAUUGCUAGAUAACAAGAAAUCACUGAGUAGUCAGCAAAUCUAGGACCCGGGUUGACAUAUAAACCUAAACCCGCUAUACUACGCUUUAGGGAGUGGUUGCACUUGGCCAGUUCCUAGGGUGACAGUAGAGUCGAGUCAAGUUUUUGGCGCCGUUGCCGGGGACGGCUAGGUUGUUGAAGAAAAGUGAUUUCUGUUAAUUUAGCUUUUCUUUUUGCUUUGUUUUCUUUGUCCCACUUGUGCCUUCACGGGUUUGUUGCUUGAGUGUGUGCAGGUAGUGCAUGACCCGUAGCCAGUCGGGAGGUUUACUGCCGUUGAAUCCAGAGAUUGACCGCACCUGUCGCCAGCUCAGGAGACAACAGCGAGCUAGACUGGCUACGGAAGAGCGCAUAGACGGCCACCUGAGCAGCGAUUCUGAAGAAGAGCACGGAAUGGACGGAGACUACAAUCAGCACCAGGGGAAUCCCCCGGUGAAUCAGGUCCUGGGGAACAACCCCAUACCCCAGGAUCAUGGAGCUCAUCAUCCACCGCAGCCGGGUCCCACCUUGGAGUACUAUUACACUCCUCGGAUUGCUGACAUCCGCCCGGUCAUCCUCUACCCGCCGAUCCCAGCAAACAACUUCGAGAUCAAGCCAUGCUGGAUUCAGCUCAUCACAUCUUCUAUCCAGUUCCAUGGCUUGAAGGAUGAGGAGGCCAGGGUGCACUUGUCCCGUUUUCUGCAGCUGACGAACGGGUUCAAGCUGAAUGGUGUCCCGGAUGAUGCGAUCCGCCUUCAUCUCUUCCCCCAUUCUCUGGCGGGGAAUGCCAAGAGGUGGUUGGAGACCCAGCCACCAUUGUCCAUCACCUCUUGGGACGAUCUGGCAGACAAGUUCGUGCACAGGUACUACCCUGCAUCGAAGACUACAGAGAUUCAGCGGGAGAUCACUCACUUCCGCCAGGAGCCAGAUGAGUCACUUCGUGAUGCAUGGGAGCGGUACAUGGGAUACUUCUGGCAGUGUCCCCAUCAUGGCUUCAGCGAUGCUUUCACGGUAGGGAACUUCUACAGCGCUCUCUCCCCAGAUAGCCAGAGGGUGAUUGAAUCUCUAUGCCCAGGAGGGGAUAUUCUCACUAAGACUCCACCCGAGCUGAACCAGAUGAUUAAUACAUUAGCUGCCAGAGAUCAUUCCUGGGGGCAGAGCAGCAGAGGCAGGCAUUCCCGGGACCGUGGUGUGCAUGCCAUGGAGACCAGAUCCGGGUUAGAGCAGCAGGUGGCUGAGUUGGUGCAGACAUUGAAGCAGCCCAACAGUCUCCUACCGGGCCGAGGUGUAACUCCGCCUCCAGUCGCUCAGUGUCAGUGGUGUGAGAGCCCAAACCACCUGGUGGAAGAUUGUCAGUCUAUGAGGGAGUCUUCUACUCCCCAAGAGCAGGUGGACUUCAUAGCAAAUGCUCGGCGCCUGGAUCCAUACAGCAGUACCUAUAAUGAGGGAUGGCGCCAGCAUCCCAACUUUGCCUGGAGCAGCAACGCCAACAAGCCACCUGGUUUCCCAGCACCAGCAGGUGGUCUCCAGCAGAGGCAGCCCUUCCAGGCUAGGCAGGGGCUACCACCACAGCAGCAGCCUUACCAGCCAAGGCAAGGGCAGCCAUUCCAGCAGCCUCAGCGUCAGUACGCCGAACCAGCAGCAGCACCAGCUCCCGAUAAUCAGAUGACCGAGCUGAAGAACAUUUUGGCAGCAUUCAUGACCACCACCCAGGCAAGUAUCACGAGGAUGGAUCAGACCAUAGCUUCACUGGAGGCAGGCCAGAGAACCCUGGAGGCAGGCCAGAGAAACCAAGGUGCCAUUCUGCAGGAUCUCCAGCACCAGAUAGGGAGCUUAGCUCGCCAGAACACUACAAGGGCACCGGGGACUCUGCCUGCCACCACUGUCCCGAAUCCUCGAGAUCCUCACCAGCAUCAGCAGCUAGAUGCCAUUUUUACCAGGAGCGGUAAGGUGAUAUCUGCUGAUCCUGCCCCGGCCAGACAGGAGGAACCACUACCUGCUUCAGCACUUCCAGCCGACGAUGCAGAAGUGCGGGUGGAGAAGGAAGCCCCUGCUCCCAAGCCACAACCAGUGGUUAAGGAGCAUGUGCCCCAGCUUCCCUUCCCCACUCGCCUACACAAGGACAAGCUGGAGACUGAGUUUGCCAAGUUCAUGGCAAUGUUGAAGCAGCUCAACAUCAGCAUACCGUUCAUGGAGGCACUGUCAAAGAUGCCCAAGUAUGCCAAGUUCAUGAAAGAUAUCUGCACCAACAAGAAGAAACUUGGGGAUCUUUCGACAGUGAUGCUCAGUGAAGAGUGUUCUGCUAUCCUACAGAACAAGCUGCCCGAGAAGCGCAAGGAUCCAGGGAGUUUUACUAUCCCUCUUACUAUUGGCAGCAUGCAUGUAGGCAAGUCCUUGGCGGACCUAGGCGCUAGCAUUAACGUCAUGCCAUAUAAGUUGUAUAAAAUGCUAGACCUAGGUGAACUUAGCCCCACUAGGAUGAGCAUUCAAUUAGCUGAUCGUUCUGUUGUGCAUCCUAGGGGAAUCAUAGAGGAUCUGCUUGUUGGUGUUGGUGCAUUCACAUAUCCUGUUGAUUUUGUUAUUCUUGAUAUACAUGAGGAUGUGGAUGUGCCGUUGAUUCUAGGUAGGCCAUUUCUUGCCACCGCCAAGGCACUAAUUGAUGUGCAUGAUGGUAAGUUGAUCUUGCGUGCUGGGGAUGAACAGGCUACUUUUUCUGUGACUGAGUUUGAUCACUGUGCUAUGAUUGAUGUCACGCCUGUGCAUGCUAUGUCUGAUCAGGUACACGAGCCUGUCGUGUAUCCUGCUGCUCCUCGCAUUUUGCAGGACCCUCCUAUCACUCCUUCGCCGCCACUCCAUCCAGCCACGCCUCUGAACAAAAAGCUCAAGGAGGAGAGGCGGCCGAAGCCGCAGGUUGCUAAGCCUGCACGUAAGAAGAGUGGAGACCACUAUGAGCUGGUCCCACCUCCUGCACCACGACCACCGUGGCCGUCCGGGUACUCACUCGCCUGCAUCUUGCCAGAUGGGCAGGUCGAGCUGACCGAUGAUGGUGGUCGCAUCCGUCGGGUGCAUGGCCACAACCUGAAGCUGUACCUCAAGAGCGACGUGGAUCCGCUCUUGGGGGCACCUGUUCCUGCACCGCCCUGAGUAUCCACCAUGGGCGUCCAGCUAAUACGACGGUAAAGAAGCGCUUCUGGGGAGGCAACCCCACCACGGUUUGUUUUUCUUUCUUGAGUUUUGAGUCGGUUUGUAGACCCGGUUUGGGUUUGGUCUGUUUCUUUUGGUUUGGAUGAUAUUUUAUUGGGCUGACCAUCGGACCUAGCAUACUGUGUUUGAGCUCUGUGUUUUCCUUUGGCUGUGCUUGCCCCGACUGGCCCGCCUCCAGUCUCCUGCAGUCCGUGCAUACCGGUAACAUCUUUCCCUUAUCCUUCCCUCUUCUCCAUUGAGGGCAAUGUCGAUCUUAAGUGUGGGGGGGUGUUUAUCUUUGACUGCAUUAGAUCUGUUUGUGUGCUUGGAGCCUAGUCCACUGUCCAAAUUUUUAAAUUUGAGGGCUCCAAGUAAGUGUUUCCGUGCAAUUGCCUGCUCAGUAUGCUUUGAAUUGACAGUCUUUAUGGUAAUAUGCAACCUAGGGAGGUAGUGUAGCACUAUGGAGGAUGUUGAUGCAUUUAAGAAGUCUCAUUUCUUCUUCAUAUUGUGUUGGUUGAUUGAGUGAAUUAGUGAUCUUAGGACCCUUGUCAUGGACUCUUGUAUCAUGUUUUGAAAAUAACAGGUGCUCGAAAAUGUGCUUCAAAAUAAACGUCUCCCGUGCGAAUAGGGCGAAAGUGUGUAAGGGGAGACGGGAAUUCGUUCCCAAUUUCCACCUACUACCUCCAGCCCCCUUACAUGUCUUUCCCCCGCACGAGGCUCGAGACAUCCGCUCCUGGCAUGGCCGGUAAGAGCAGGUUGGGACCCUUGAAAAGAAAAAGAAAAGAACAAUAACAGAAAACAAGCAAAACAGAAAGAAAAGGGUUCCAACCAUCUUCAAAGAAAAUCGAGCACCUCGAAAAAUGUGAGUCCAUGAUCCUUUGUUUUUGAGAAUCUCUCCAUCCACAAUUCAUUUGUUCUCUGUUCACUGUUUGCCAUGAUGCCAACUCGAUAAGAAGCUUUGAGAUGACUUGUGCGUCGGUUGACCUCGUAAGUUGCUAAAUGAUCUGGGAAGUCCUCUACCUACGAUCUGGGUUGUUUGUUGCUAUAGAGGUCUGGAGAGCUGCAUUGGUUUGAGUUAGGUUUGCUUGGGGACAAGCAAACGGUUAAGUGUGGGGGAGUUUGAUAGACCGUUAGUUACACAUGCUUUUACCCCUGCUCUUACUCUGUUUGAGGUAUUGAUUCUCGUGUUUUAGGCCGAUUUCACGCUAGGUGGUGCUUGUUUAUGAUAUUUCAGGUCCUAGUACGUGAAUGGAGGCUUGGGAGCGAGUUUGAUGUCGAUUGGACGCGGAUCGGACGCAUGGCGAGAUUCCAAGGAGGCUGCACGGCCAGACCAGGGGGUCGCACGGCCGUGCAGUAUACAAUUAUGGCCGUGCGACAUUAUGCGAGAAGACGCACGGGCAGAGCAGAAAACCCGCACGGCCGUGCAUGUAACCAGUCUGGCCGUGCGGGAUUGUGCGAGAGCUUGCACGGGCACAAGUGAAAUCCGCACGGCCGUGCGAAGUGCAAUCCUGGCCGUGCGAGAAGCCCGAGGUUCAACUUAUUGAUACGCCGCGUUUUGAGGUGCACGGCCAGAAUGGUAAGGUGCACGGCCGUGCACCCUGGCCGUGCGAGUCGGGAUUUUCUCCUUUUAAGCAGAAUUUCGGCCACAAUUCGAUGGGAUUCGAGUUUUUGAGAGAGAGAUCAGUUCCUAGAGAGAGAAAGUGACGAGCAAGAGUUCCCAAGUGCCCUAGAUUGAUCUUCAACACCAUUGGAGGCCAGCUUGAGCUUGGAGAAGUGCCAAUCAACGUCCAGAAGCAGGAAUCCAUCCUUUGCAGUAUGAAUUCCGUGUCUGAUUCUGCUUUUGCUUUCUUCUCCAUGGAGUAGUUCUCCCAUUCAUCUGGGUAUGGAGAACCCUAGAUUUGUAUGUUAGGCUUUGAUUGUAUGAACCCAAGUACUGAUUCUGUGAUUGAUUAUAUUCGAUUGAGGUUUUAAUGAUUGAAUGACUUGAAUCCUGAUCAAAUUCCUGUUGUUUCUGCUUUAACCUAGAAUGAGAAUAUCUGCCUAGGUUAAUAGAGUAUCCUUGAUUGAAGGUAGGGAGUUGGUGACUUUAGUCGAGGAGCCAACUCACUAUUCUGUACCGGAUUUACUCCGGUAGUGGAGGUUUUGUUCUUAGGGCCUCAAUCUGUCGACUCCGGUGGAGGUUAGUCGCCCGCUAGAGAGUCAGAUUGAGAGGGUCUGAAGACCUUUAGUCGAGACUUCAGGCUGUUUAAGAACCUUCCGCAGUAUAACUAUCAUAGAAACUGAACUUGGUAAUUACAAUCCGGCUUAACUGCAGUCUAGGGGGAACCAUAUCCGGGUGACCUCUUUAACCUGAAUACAACCAGUUUACUUGCUUUGUUUGUUUGGUAGUUUAGACUUGCACUCCAGUUUUAUUGCUAGAUAACAAGAAAUCACUGAGUAGUCA